GCACCGUUGAGUUUGUUGUCGAGCAAUACAUGUCGCUCUUGGGUGAUAGCAAAGAUAGUGGACGGGUCAUUGCCAUUAGUGGGACACAGGCCUGGGAUCAACCGAGGGAUAAUUUUAACUACGAGGCAUGCAAGUCUGCCAUUAGCAUUAUAGAUGCGCAGCUUGCCAAGGCUUUUGCUUCAAUGUAAUGAGUAGAAUGCUCUGCUUGCUAUGACAAAGAAGUUCAAUAUCGAUUAUGUAUACCUCUUCUGUCUUUUCCACAACCGUUUAGAACACUAUGAGCACGAAAUCUGAAAGCACAGAACCUAAAGUACUUCCGGUGAAUUUUGGGCUGUUGGUGUUCCCGACGUUCCAGGCGCUGGAUGCGUUUGGCCCACUGGACGUUCUCAAUCUGCUGUCUCUGAGUUUUCCGAUGAACCUCAGCAUCAUCGCUCGAACUCUGGAGCCAGUCUCUACCAAACCUCGAGACCCUUCUCUGAAUCCUUUGAGGUCAAACUUUGGGGAAUCAGUUAUGCCCACACAUGAUUUCACCAAUGCUCCUCCCCUCGAUGUACUGAUUAUCCCUGGAGGGUACGGUGUUCUGGCAGACGAUCUCGAUCCCUUGCUUGAAUUCGUCAGACGCACGUACCCUACCCUCAAGUACCUUCUCACAAUCUGCACCGGCUCUUGGAUAGCCGCACGUGCCGGAGUUUUAGACGGGAAACGUGCCACAUCAAACAAGAAUGGUUGGGCGAUGACAAAAGAAAUUGGGCCGAAUGUGAAGUGGAUAGCACAUGCUCGAUGGGUCGUCGAUGGGAACAUAUGGACAGCGUCCGGUGUCACUGCAGGAAUGGACUCAGCUCUUGCAUUUGUCGAGGAGGUAUAUGGGAAGGAUCAAGCACAGAAAAUUGCGGGAGAGAUGGAGUAUGAAAGGCAUGAAGAUCCUUCUUGGGAUCCUUUCGCAGACAAGUACAAUCUGCCUAAAGAUACAGCAUGAAAUGUUGUAGUCGAGUUACCUUUAUAAAUUCUUUCGUUUAAUAUGCGUACACGAUUCUGUUAGGAAAGAAAAGCAAAUUAGUACUUAAGAUGAGGAUGAACAGACAAAAGCG